CAACAUUUAAAAGAGGAAGCUGGAUAAAGUUUGUUGGCGUAUUUUAGAAAGGACAAAAAUAGCAGAUUUUGGGAGAGUUGCGUGUUAUUUAUAGCGAAAUUAUAUUUUUAACAAGAAAUUGUGAGACACAUACAUUCAUGCAUAUAAAAAGGCAGUAAUAUAAAGUUUUAAUAAACAGUUAUAAAAAGGACAUCAAACAGGAAGCUUUGUUUUGAGUUAUAAAUUAAAGAAGAAAUGAAAGUGAUAUAAAGUUAAAUUAUAACUAAAGGGAAUAAAAAUUAAUAGUUAAUAUAUAAAAUACAAGAAAAUAAGAAAUACAAAGAAUAGGGAAUGAAUAUAAAAUUAAACAAGUUAAAAAUUUAAAGAAAUUUGUAAGGAAUACAGGCAAAAAAGUGAAAAAACUAAUUAAUUUAGAAAAAAUUAAAAAAGAAAAUAAUUUAAUUUAAUAAUUAAAUAUUUGUUAAAAAGUCUCAAUAAUUUCUGAAUAUUCAAUUUAAUUUACAUAUUUGGAAAACUACAAAAAAACUAAAUAAUGGAUUCUUCGUAUCAAGAUUUAAGUGAUUUGGAAAAAUCUGUGGCUCAUGCCGGCACCCAAUUGUGUACUAUGGCUCAUAAGCUGCACGAAGUUGAACGUUGCCUGGAUUGUAAUAACCUUGAGGAAAUAGAUGAUAUAUGUGUUUUAGAACUAUUGGAAUCGAUGUCAGAGGUACGUAAUGAAUAUAUAAAUUUACGCAAGGACAUACAAGAAGUGCAACAGUUACAACGUGACGUCACCACCUCAAUACGCGGUCAAAUGCGUAAUAUGCAUCAAACGUAUCAAAUGUUAAAGAAGCGUUUAGAAUUAAAGGCCCAACAGAAUUAAGUUGAGAAUUUAUUAUAGAAAAAUGUAGUUUAUUAGUUUAAGAAAAAAAAUAUAGAAUUUAGGGACAAGUUUUUAUAUAAUUUAAAAAAAAAACUUAUUUAUAAAAUAAGGAAA